UUACUGAAGUCAGUCAUCGUGCGUGUUGCUGGGUCGUUUUUAAGGUGUAGUCGUGUCAGUUCUGGGGGUAUUAAAGAGCACCAGCAAAAGGAGCAGCCGAUGUACUCGAACGUUAGUGGACAAUUUCUUAGGGGACGGUGAUUGACCUACCAGCACAACAUGAACAUGUAUAUAUGAUGGGGUGUCAUUUUACAAGCACAGAUAAGAGUUAGUCCUCCCCCAGAGGCACUUAAACCUCUGAUAAUGAAAUGCCAUGGACCGAAUGAACAGACAACCCAAAUGUGUGCUCAACACCACGCUUGCACCAUCAGUGGCAGGUUGUCGCACUGACCGAGAGAUCCGAACGCUGACCCAACAGGGCCUGAGGGAACUGUUUCCUGGCCCCUUGAAACUCAGAUCGAGAAAGAGCAUCUUUCAAACAAGUGGAAAUGUGUAGAUCUGAUUCGAGACAGAUCUAAACAGAGAUAAAUAACAUGGAUAGACACUAGUUACCAGGAAUUGCACAGUGAACAAGUAAAAUGCUCGAUUAGUAUCAUUCUGUGUUAUAUUAUUUCCGUUUCAGAACCAAGUCGAUGUGCUCCGAAAAGAACUGCAAGGGUUCAUCUCAAAUGACGGCUCUAACUAACAGUGGGGUCUUUGUUGAGUACCUCCACAUCCUGAUGGACAUACGGACCCAGGUGAAUAAUUUGCAGAUCGUCCUUGAUGCUUAUGUUGGUCUGCCUGAGGACAUCAGCAAAAAUCAGGAGGGCCCAGAACCUGAAGAAGGUUUGUCAGGUACAAGUAACUCAACCACCUGUGGUCCAGCUCCCCACAAGAGCCAAACUGGGUGCCAUCCACAAGGAGCACAGGGGACGGGUAUCGCAGACAUCAUGGGUCAAACUAUGGCCUCUAGUUGGCUAACUGGUGGCAGUAGACAAGGAUCACGAGACUCUUUGCCAGGGGCGGGUAUCGCAGACAUCAUAGGUCAAUCUAUGGCCUCUAGUUGGCUAACUGGUGGCAGUAGACAAGGAUCACGAGAUUCCAUCACCACGCUGUCUCGAAAGGAAUUUCGGGAAGACUCUUUGCCAGGGACGGGUAUCGCAGACAUCAUGGGUCAAACUAUGGCCUCUAGUUGGCUAACUGGUGGCAGUAGACAAGGAUCACGAGGCUCUUUGCCAGGGACGGGUAUCGCAGACAUCAUGGGUCAAACUAUGGCCUCUAGUUGGCUAACUGGUGGCAGUAGACAAGGAUCACGAGACUCCAUCACCACGCUGUCUCGAAAGGAAUUUCUGGAAGUGACGUACCAGAUGGUUGUCGGAGGUGAAACCUUUGACGCCCAUCUACAACUGAUGGAGCAAGUGAAGGGUCACGUUCUUGAUGGGGCUCAGUUUAUUGAAAGCAGUCAGGAUUACCAGACUAUUAUUGUCUUCUGCCCAAUCAGUUCACGCGUUGGUUCAGAUGUUGAGGCAGUGAUGAAAGGUGUCAGAGAUGAUAAACCUGUCAUUCUGGUGUUAAUGCACCAUAAACGUGAGGCCACAUACACACCCUCUGCAAAAAAGUGGGCUCAUGUUUUGUUGCAGGUGGAUGUUUUCUACCAUGAGACACAACCUGGUUUACUAAAGUGUCAACAAAAUGAUGAGGCUGUCUCUGAGAUACGAAAAGAACUACUGAAGCACAGUAGUCAGAGAUGUAAAUAUACCAGUGAAGGCUCUUUGCCAGGGGCGGGUAUCCCAGACAACAGAGGUCAAACUAUGGCCUCUAGUUGGCUAACUGGUGGCAGUAGACAAGGAUCACGAGACUCCAUCACCACGCUGUCUCGAAAGGAAUUUCGGGAAGUGAUGUACGAGAUAGUUGUCGGAGGUGAAACCUUUGACGCCCAUCUACAACUGAUGGAGCAAGUGAAGGGUCACGUUCUUGAUGGGGCUCAGUUUAUUGAAAGCAGUCAGGAUUACCAGACUAUUAUUGUCUUCUGCCCAAUCAGUUCACGCGUUGGUUCAGAUGUUAAGGCAGUGAUGAAAGGUGUCAGAGAUGAUAAACCUGUCAUUCUGGUGUUAAUGCACCAUAAACGUGAGGCCACAUACACACCCUCUGCAAAAAAGUGGGCUGAUGUUUUGUUGCAGGUGGAUGUUUUCUACCAUGAGACACAACCUGGUUUACUAAAGUGUCAACAAAAUGAUGUGGCUGUCUCUGAGAUACGAAAAGAACUACUGAAGCACAGUAGUCAGAGAUGUAAAAAUACCAGUGAAGGUAUGGUUUGCGAGUGUGGUAGUGCUUCUACUGGUUUUGGUGGUAACACCGGGAAUGAGGGUCUUUUUUCAGUUUGGUAUUAGAAAAUAAAUCAUAAAUCAUGAUAGUAUCUGUAGUGUCGAUGGUGGUUAUGAUGGUAUUAUAUCAGUUAACAAGUAAUAUAAACUAAUGGAUUGCAUCAACUGCAAGAUUAGAAACAAGAAACACUGAGAAAACAUAUUAUUAAUGGAUGUUGAUUUGUGUAUGUCUGUAUGUUAAUCAUUGGUAUAAAUGUAAAAUGCCUGCGUAGAAGAUGGUUCUGGUUAAACAUUUUUUUUUUUUACGUCUGUUGUUAAAUUUCUAAAGCUAAAAUCACGUAGUGUGUUGUGACUUUGUACAUGCAACCAAUCAGCACUUUGAUAAUUUGAUUGCUAUUGCACAUUCAGAUUCUACAUGUUAGAGAGGCAAAAAAAGCUAAUUUCUUCAUUUAUGUAAGUGCUUUCGGACAUUUCAAAGGAAAAUGUAAAUGAAGAUAAUUAAUAGUAAACAAACAGAAAAGUGAAUGUUUACUUGAAUGUACAUUUUGUUGUAGUUGAAUGUCUCAGAAAGCAUAUAAGAUGUGCAAUUACUAUGCAUGAUAUUUUCAAUAAACUUCAUAGAAUGAUCAUUA